GAAUAUGCUCCCGCAGUUUGUCGGUUAAAACCCGGGACACCCUGUAUAUAUAUAAAAUAUAUAUAUAUACCUAAGUGAAGUAACAAAUAGCGAGCGGCACUAUGAAAAAACGCGAUUCACAAAUUAUUGACAGAAGUGUCGAAGCAGCGACACCAUCCAGAAUUCAAUUUUCAUUGCAUCCUGCGAGGUUGAUUUGGCGGAGAAAAAAGGGAAAAGUAGGUCUAAAAGAAAUCGAUAUACACUGAAGCAAACUCGCUCGUCGUUUAAGGCAAAAACAGUUAUAUGUGCAUUGAAUUAGAAAGGUAUAGCGUGCUAAACCUUAUAAUCAAUAGAAUACACACGUUGUCUACGACUGUACAUACAUACGUAUCUAAGUCUGUUAUUCUCUUUGCACACCGGUAAUCGCGAGCAACGAUUGUCAAGGAGCCGCUUCCGGGACGGCAAUCGCGAUCGCGGGAAAGGCGCGGCGUGCAGCGAUUUUCUCGGUACUACCACAACGUGCCUUGCUUUAAAUAUUUAAGUGUCCUUGUAAUUAUGGAGAAAUGAAACGGCAUUUUGACCGACGAUCUCUCGGAGAUCUCAGUCUGGAAGAAAAAAAGGAGGAAAAAAUAAGACUCCCACUGCAUAUUUAGUAAAUAUUAUUUACCGAAACGUCGCGUCACUAUCCAUCAGGCGAAGAAUGCCACAUAACGAGAAUACUCACUCAUGCAUGCACGCCCGUCGUGAAAGUGACGAUCACAGUAUUAUCAGCUAUAUAAAUAAAAGCUAUUCGAAGUAUUCGAGUCGGACGUAAGAUACACGUAUUAGGUAUCGAACUAUGGACCACAGUUCACGCUGGAUUAUUUCCGUGUGAAAUAAAUUAUACGAGCGAAUAAUACCGAUCGCCGUCGAUCAUCCGAUCGGUGGAUUUGCGAUAACAAUCAGAAAAGAGAAAAACAAUAAUGAUAGACGCUGUAUACGCGUGUAUACGUCGAAUUGCGCUAAUAAAUCUAUCUUUAAAAAAUGAAUUAAAAAAUAAAAGGUAUGUAGGGACGAUGAAAGAAAUUAUUACGUCACUCGAGGUUUUGUGAACGCAUGAAUGACAUGUAGGAAUGCACAUCGAAAUCAUUUCUCAUGGAUACCUAGUAUCACAAGAAAUAUGAAUUUUUUUUAUAUAUAAAUAUUACAACGAUCAGAGAAUUUACAUUAUCAUUUACAUUAUCAUAUUCAAUAACUCUUUUCCACGUUAUAUAAUUAAUACUUGUAUUUUUUUUAUUUAACUUCUGUAUGUACUAGUUUUUUGCAUUAUGAGGUCAAAAUAUAUGUGUCAGUAUUGCGCUUACUUGCAUCUUAUCAUGUAACGUUCGCGGUUUGAUUUUUGCAGAAAUCAAAAUAUCACGCGCCAUGUUCAGUAAAAAUCUGCGAAAAUCUGUUUCUUUGCGCAUCUUUCUCGUGAUUUUUUAAGGAUAAUACGAUACGAGAUGACAUGAAAGGAGCACAUGACGUAAAGAGUUUAUAAAACGGUUAAAAAGAAUUGCGGUCACUCGGACGUCGAGAGUCUGAAAACAUGAAAAAACGAACAUGCACAAAAGUGCAAAACAUUUUUUUACAUUACGUAACAUUAUGUUAAUGUAAUUGCGAGCAUGUAAUAGAUAUUUUUUCAUGUUCCAUUUUGAUCUCCUUGCUCUAUUGCGACCGUGUGUCAAUAUCUUUUCGAAACUGGUCUACCGAGAACCCGCAGGUAAUUCGGCUUCACUAUUUAGGUCACCCAGUUGUGGUUCACCACUCUUGAUCAGAUGAAAACUUUUUUACUCUAAUCCCCGUCACUUGUUCGAUUAACCGCGAUCAGUCAAAAUAUUCGGUACCAGGCACAACCAAUAGCCGUGCAAUUGCUUCUUCUCUUUGUGACAUACAAGAGAAUAAAUCAUGCCGGAGAAAUCACGCUGGAUCUACGUCGGUGCAAUUAGAACGAUCCUGAUAAUGAUCACUACAACAAAUUUAUGUUCUACAAAGCCGGAAAACCGGAGCUCAAUGCUAUUCUCAUAAUUUCAUAAUUUCUCAUUGAGAAAUCAUGGAUCUCACAUAUCGUUGAUGUCAAAAAAAUAUUAGAUCAAGGCCGGAUCAAACUGAUCAAGGAUCAGAUAAUAUUACCUCAAUGAAACCUUUACAAUACAUAGUGCGAUAAUAGUCGCAACGGUGGAACCUUGCGGGAACCUUCACGUUACAUUUCCGUUAUGUUACAUGUGAUUCCUGUCAGUUGCAAAAAGAUCUCGUUCUUUUACUUCGAAGAUGUAAGAACGAAUUUGAACGUUACCAUGCGCACGCGAGAACUUUUAACGACAGAAACGGUUUCGAAAGUAAUCGGCCUCUAAAUACACCUGCGUGAAUUUAACAAUCGACCGUCGAGGGAUCGCUCUCGUUCCACGACAAUAAACUCGUUUUAUGUCGAAAAGUCAUUUUAGAAGUAUUUCAGUUUUACCCGCACAUCGACACAUGUGCGUCUUGCAGGGGCUGAACUUUAAAUACGUGAAUUAUUCAAAUGUCGUCUCCGUGUCUCGAAGGUAAAUAUGGUUUUUCCGCGUUGAAGACAAAUUAACUCCGACUAUUCUACGCCACAUGUUCUAUUAUUCAUCGCAAAAAUCUCUGAAGAAAAUGUUAUGAAGGACGAAGAAAAAUAUUAUUUUAUUCACCCCCUCGAGGAUUAUCGAGGAAGUCGCCUGUGCAGGAUACUCGUGCACUACCCUCCACCCCCAGCGUUCCUCGACAACUCUGGGAAUUCCUGUUCAUCUCUACAAGACCAGCUGGACCAACCGUUCGAGGAAUGAAAUUGAAGGACGUUCGAUGAAUAGACUGAUGAAUCGAAGAUGACAUAAGUGGCAAGGGAGGUGCACGUACGCGAGGAGAGCGACGUCAGGAGAGGCGCCGUCGAGGAAGGGGCACCAACGAGGAGGUGGGAAGAGCCAAGACCGGCGGCUCAACCGGACCGACAAAAUGCGGUCCGUUUUACUCGUGAAAAGUCGGCGGGGCAGAAAAGAAGAUCGACGGAUCCGUACCCGCGCGCGAGGAGAAAGUUAUAAGCACGCGCCGAUACCUGCCGGUGUCCACGUCCACGUCCAGGUUGCUCACUUGGUCGACCACCAGCGCGAAACGUCCGUCUGAUCAUUUUAAUCGUCAUCGUUGAGCUUCGAGAACCCUACCAUCCUCGUCGCCAAUCGUCCCUCGGCGUCAUCCUAUCAGGUAAGUGAAAAUCGAUCAAACUGAUCGGCUGAUCGACACGCGAGACACGUCCAGGCCGCUCGACCGUCGCAGCGGAUCCGCGACGCGCGUUUUUCCAGUCGUAAUUCGUUCGUCAUACAGCGUCUUGAGCCCCCAAGAACCUCCGCGCGUUCUCCACGUCGCCCUUCUGCGUUUACGGGUGUGCGAGAGUGCAGGGGUUGAAGGGGUUGAAAGGUCUCCUGGCAGAGCGGCGUGAGUACACCGAUCCAUCGCAGAGAUGGUGGAAGUACUGCUGGACCGAGUCGACGGCCAGGAAGUGGCCGUCGUCGAAUCGAACUGCAUACCGGAACCACCCGCAGAAUGCACGCCGACAGAGCGCACGUCGGCGGAAAAGCCGAUCAACGAGAAGCUCUCGCCGAUCCAGGAGUUCUACUACGGUCAGAGCAUCUUCAUCACUGGCGGUACCGGCUUCAUGGGCAAGCUGCUGAUCGAGAAGAUCCUGAGAACGUGUCCCGGCGUGGUGUCGAUCUACCUGCUGGUGCGCCCGAAGAAGGGCAAGGACGUGCAUCAGCGCACCGAGGAGAUCUUCGAUGACCCGCUUUUUGUGAAGCUUAAGGACGAGCAACCAAAGUUUCGCCAUCAGAUUGUCGCCGUCGCAGGAGACUGCAGCCAACCGAGUCUCGGGAUGUCCUCGCAAGAUCGUGCGACCAUUAUUCGUGAAGUUUCCAUCGUCUUCCACGUCGCAGCCACGGUCAGAUUCGACGAGAAGCUGAAGCUGGCGGUACCGAUCAAUGUUAGAAGCACGAGAGACAUCCUGAAUCUCUGCAAGGAGAUCGCGAAUCUCAAGUCUUUCGUGCAUGUAUCGACCGCGUAUGCAAAUUGCCCGCAAAACAUGAUCGAGGAGAAGUUUUACGACUCACCAAUGGAUUCCGACAAGCUAAUCGCGCUAAUGGAAUGCGUGGAGGACAAGUUGGCUGAAGACAUCACUCCGCAAUUAUUAGGAAAAUGGCCGAAUACUUAUACCUACACAAAAGCAGUCGCAGAAAAUGCGAUAAAGAAGCAUGGUGACGACUUGCCGGUCGGCAUCUUUCGUCCCGCCAUUGUAAUCUCAACGUAUCGAGAGCCGCUGCGUGGUUGGAUCGACAAUAUGUAUGGCCCAACAGGUGUUGCCGCUGGCGCUGGGACCGGAUUGCUACGAUCGAUCCAUUGUGAUGGUUCGGUACACGCAAACGUGGUGCCUGCCGAUUUGACAGUCAAUGCCUUAAUCGCAACUGCGUGGGAUGUAGCAGACAUUCGAAGGGUGAAUAACAAAUCACAUGGCGACAUUCCAAUUUACAACUACGUAUCCAAGGACAAUCCCAUAACUUACGACGAGUUGAAGGAAAUGUCAUCAAAGUAUGGUCUUGACAUUCCUUCCACCCGAGCAGUCUGGUACUACAGCUUCAGGAACAAUAAGCACAGGAUAGUUCAUCUUUUCUUCGUAUACUUUUGGCACUUGUUCCCGGCUCUACUCGUUGACACCGCGACUGUUUGCAUGGGAAAGCAACCGAGGUUGCUUAAGGUUUACAAGAAGAUACACAAAUUCAUGGACGUGCUGAAUUAUUUCGCCACGCAAGAAUGGAUGUUUACUAAUGAUCGAUUGCAUGCGUUACUGGCGAAGCUUACGUUCAAGGACCGCCAACAUUUCUAUUGCGACGUGCGGGAUGUCGACUGGAAUGUAUAUUUUGAGACGUAUAUUCUCGGCAUAAGGCUAUAUCUCAUCAAGGAUCCCUUGGACACCCUCCAUCAGGCACGCGUUAAAUGGCAAAGAUUAUACUGGUGCCAUCAAGCACUGAAAAUCAUCCUAGCUUACAUCGCCAUCAAGUUGUCCUGGUCGACUAUAUCCACCCUCUUCAGUUUCUUCAGCUUGGAACUGUGAUAGGAACGGUGUGAGUAGACGAGGCUGGAAAUCCAGGAUCCAGCAUUUUGGAGACAGAUAUAGGUGACAGAGGUUGAUGUCUCGUUCGUAAGAAAGAAGCGCGACCGAAUUUCUUAGAGAAGCGGGGAAUCUCGAAGGAACGAAAUGGAAGGAUUAAUUCGCAACUCGAGUCUGUACGAUAUUGUAGUGCGAUAUUGUAUACAGGAUAGGAUACCUUUACGUAGCAGGAACAUUUAUAUAUAUAUAUAUAUGGUAGAGAGAAAAAGUAGAACAUUGGAGAGGAGGGACAAUGGUUCGCGUUCGCGUAAAAGUGUAAAAACCAUACACCUUGUUUCCCAAAGUAGAUUCGUAGAUUCCAAAGUAGGUCGCAGAAUUCGACGAUUAUGCCUUGCAGCGUGUGCGAAGGAUAUGCUCAACAUUGCGCUACAUCAAGUAAAUUUUUCUUACAUGAGACGAUGUAAGAUGAAAUGUUAUUUUUUACAACAUAGCGACGAUCGCAACAAUUACUUGGAUUUAAAGUAAAAGUUUUAAGUGAUAUAUUUUUCUCCCAUGCUUCUUCAGUUUUCAUUCGUACGGAAAUUAUCCACAUAAUGAAUGAAGAAAUAAUAAAAAUGUUUCAGCAAAGACACUUAUCAGGCUUUGAGAGAUAAAUUGAAACGUGUAUGCCAACUCGUUCUUUCGCUUAUCUGCUAAAUUCUCUUGUAUAAUUAAUUUGAAAAUAUCUAUCGAAAUCCUUCAUGUUAAUUUCUUAAUAACGAUGAAUCAUCUAAAUAAUACAAUGAGUCGAUGAAAUUGUUUCUCGACGAAAGAGCGAUCGGGGGGAGUCGGUAAAUAAGCUUUUAAUAAUUUGCAACCCGACGGAAUUUACGCUUACCUGUUUGUACUUAUUUCACGAAUCAGCAUUUCGCGUGCGCGCAACGAUCGAUUCGGCGAGGAAAGAAAUAAUUGGCGAGUACGCGUUAGCCCGCGUAGAGAGAAAUAACGCGUACCCGCGGUGAUUCAUACGCAUUCAUCGUAUCUUGUUUUUACUGUUGUAAAGAUUUAGAUACACACGAAGUACGAGCGAACCAAAGGGCUCUCAGAUGCUGAGAGAAAGCGUAUCUUGUUAACAGUUACGAUAUUAUAAUUGUAUAUGCAACACGUAUGAUAAUCUAGACACGUACAACGCGAUAACGCGUAUGUAUAUCGCAACCGUGACAAUAUACGGGUAUGUGGCAAAAUAUACAUAACGAAUGUUGAGACACGGCGUUUAUCUCCAUAAUCGACAGGUAGCAGCAGGCCCGCUAAAACAAUUAUUGAUACGUUGUUUGUUAGGAAUACUCUUUUCUUCUAUUCUUAGUUUCCCUUAAUUUAAAGAUCAUUAAGAUUGCAUCACAAUUAUAUUGGUUUCUAAGAGAGCAAAAAAAUAUUGGCUUUUAAGAGAAUUGAAAUCUACGUCCUUCGUGCAAAUUCAGUACUACGAUCACGCUCUUAUCACCUAACGAGCUAUUUGAUUUACAGGAUUUGAUUACAUAAUAAUAUUUUUCUGUUUGAAAGAUUGGUGAUGAAACAUUGCAUACGAUGAUAACGAACAGAAUACAUGCGCGCAUCGCGAGCAUUUGUGAAAGUUCAUUCCUGUGAACUUCCGUUGGACAAAUGCAACGUAAAGCAGGCGCUGAAUAAUGAUUUGUACUUUCUUAAUACUUUUUUAUAUGCGUUUGUAAAGUAUACUGUAAUUUAAUUAAAUCCUAAAUUUAACAGGAUAUGUAAUUACGGGCACGAAAUGAGAGAGAUGCGUGAAACAAUACAUAUAAUAUGCGAGCGUCGAAGUAACGUUAAUCGUUUUUGUUAUAAGUAUAUUUUUAUCUCUUAUACUGUUUGUUGUAAGAAAUUCAUGUAUAAGAUUUUGUAAAAUAAAUAUUGUUGUAUAUAUACCCA